AUGCAGCAGCAGCAGCAGCAGAAGCAGCAAAAGCAGCAGCAGCAGCAGCAUACCUACGUGGAGCAUCCGCUGCAGCAGCAGCAUGGCUAUGUGGAGCAGCCACUGCAGCAGCAGCACUGCUACGUGGAGCAGCCACUUCAGCAGCAGCAUUGCUACGUGGAGCAACCACUGCAGCAGCAGCAUUACUACAUGGAGAAGCCGCUGCGGCAGCAGCAGCAUUCCUACGUGGAGCAACCACUGCAGCAGCAGCAUUACUACAUGGAGAAGCCGCUGCGGAAGCAGCAGCACUGCUACGUGGAGCAGCCGCGGCAGCAGCAGCAGCACUGCUAUGUGGAGCAGCCGCUGCAGCAGCAGCAGCACUGCUACGUGGAGCAGCCGCUGCAGCAGCAGCAGCACUGCUACGCGGAGCAGCCGCUGCAGCAGCAGCAGCACUGCUACGCGGAGCACCCGCUGCAGCAGCAGCCCCCUGCUGCGCAGCAUCACUGCCCGCCGCAGCAGCCGUCCCAUUUGCUGCAGCAGCAGCCACCGGCGUUUCUUGCGCCUCAGGACGAGCUGCAGCAGCAGCAAGCGCAUCUCCAGGCGCUGCAUCAGCCCACCAGCCGCAGCAGCAGCAGCUGGUGCUGCUGCACGGCGACGGCGACGCAGCUUCCUGCUGGCCCUUGGCCGUGGGGGCGGCGCCCGGCGCACCGCUGGGGGCGCUGCUGGGCCCCGCACACCCCGCAGCAGCAGCAGCAGCAGCAGCAGCAGCGCCGCUGCAGCGCAGCCCCCCCUGCGCCGUGGCCGAGGCCCUCGCACUCACCGGCAAAGCCCUCAAAGCUGCUGGGGCCCGCCUGGCCUCGGGGCUGGGCUCAGUGCUGCGGGAAGUGA